AUGAUGCUCGGAUCUCUCAGAUAUGGGACAACAGUGGGAUUGAUUUUAAUAAACGCGAUGGUUCUUGCGACACUAGCCACGGAGGAAGGGAUAUUUACUAAUCAUCUCUUGGUUCAGUUGCAUGAAGGUGUACAUGAUGAAGCGCACCAACUUGCUACAGAGCACGGGUAUCACAGCGCUCGGAAGCUUCCCUUUGGAGAGGGACUUUUUCACUUCUACCCACUGGACACCGCUCCGAGGAGGACCAAACGCAGCCUUCACAAUAGACAGCGUCUGGAGAAGGAUCGCAGGGUAAAGAAUGUUUUGGACCAGGAGGGCUUUGGAAGACAGAAGCGAGGCUACAGAAGCAUCAACGAAAUUGAUAUAAAAAUGACCGACCCCCUGUUCAGCAAACAGUGGUAUCUGAUUAACACAGGCCAGGCUGACGGGACCCCUGGACUGGACCUCAACGUGGCAGAGGCUUGGGACCUGGGAUACACUGGGACAGGCAUCACCAUAGCCAUCAUGGACGAUGGGAUUGACUAUCUCCACCCAGAUCUGGCAUCGAACUACAAUGCUGAGGCCAGCUAUGACUUCAGCAGCAAUGACCCAUACCCAUAUCCCCGCUACACAGAUGACUGGUUUAACAGUCAUGGAACAAGGUGUGCUGGUGAGGUGUCUGCAGCCGCCAACAACAACAUCUGCGGAGUGGGAGUGGCAUACAACUCCAAGGUGGCAGGGAUCCGCAUGCUGGACCAGCCCUUCAUGACAGACAUCAUCGAGGCGUCCUCCAUCAGCCACAUGCCCCAGAUCAUUGACAUCUAUAGUGCCAGCUGGGGGCCCACCGAUGACGGCAAGACGGUAGAUGGCCCCCGAGAGCUCACUCUUCAGGCCAUGGCUGAUGGAGUCAACAAGGGGAGAGGUGGAAAAGGCAGUAUCUACGUGUGGGCCUCUGGAGACGGUGGUAGCUAUGACGACUGUAACUGCGACGGCUACGCCUCCAGCAUGUGGACCAUCUCCAUCAACUCGGCCAUCAACGAUGGUCGCACGGCCCUGUAUGACGAGAGCUGCUCUUCCACCCUCGCGUCCACCUUCAGCAACGGCCGCAAGAGGAACCCGGAGGCAGGAGUGGCCACCACUGACCUGUAUGGAAACUGUACCCUUCGUCACUCCGGAACAUCAGCAGCAGCUCCUGAAGCAGCCGGAGUGUUUGCCUUAGCGUUGGAGGCCAAUCCUGACCUGACGUGGAGAGACAUGCAACAUCUGUCCGUGCUGACCUCCAAGAGGAACCAGUUGCAUGACGAUCUGCACCAGUGGCGGAGGAACGGUGUGGGCCUGGAGUUUAACCACCUGUUUGGAUACGGAGUGUUGGAUGCUGGUGGCAUGGUCAAGAUGGCCAAGGAGUGGAAGACUGUCCCGGAACGUUUUCACUGCGUGGCUGGAUCAUUGCAGGAAGUCCAUAAGAUCCAGUCGGGUGAAAGGCUCAUCCUGACCAUCUCCACUGACUCCUGUCAGGGCAAGGACAACUUUGUCCGUUACCUGGAGCACGUUCAGGCCGUGGUCACCGUCAACGGCAGUCGCCGCGGCGAUCUCAUCAUCAACAUGACCUCCCCCAUGGGGACGAAAUCCAUCCUGCUCAGCCGCAGACCUCGGGAUGACGACGCUAAGGUGGGCUUCGACAAGUGGCCCUUCAUGACCACUCACACCUGGGGAGAGGAUCCCCGCGGGACCUGGAUCUUAGAGGUGGGCUUCCAAGGAGACAAGCCACAGAGAGGAGCCCUGAAGGAGUGGACCCUCAUGCUGCACGGAACUCAAAGUGCCCCUUAUAUAGACCAGAUAGUACGUGACUACCAGUCCAAAUUAGCCAUGUCCAAAAAGGAGGAGCUGGAGGAGGAGUUAGACGAGGCUGUGGAGAGGAGUCUGAAGAGCCUGCUGAGUAAAAACUAGCUGACGUGGCUCAGUAAACACGGUGCGGUCCGGGCCGCUCUUUCUCUCUCCUUCUGUCUUUCUCUCUCCUUCUGUCUUUCUCUCUCCUUCUGUCUUUCUCUCUCCUUCUGUCUUUCUCUCUCCUUCUGC